UUCAGUUUCCUGGAACAUGUACCACUCCCCGAGUUGACAACCUGAAAUGAAAGUGAAACUUUCUAGUUUUCAAAAUAAACUGCCUGAUCCAGUCAGAAGGCUUCAAACGCGACCAAGAUGGAAGACUGUCCACAUCGUGUUUUAGUAGAAGGUGAAUGGUCGCCUAGUCACCGUAAAGUGCUUCGGCAAAAACUUCAAAUAUACUUUCAAAGUAAGAAGAAAUCUGGUGGGGGUGACUGUGUCGUGGAAUAUGAAGAGAAAGCGAACUCAGCUACUAUUGGAUUUAAACAAGAGGAGGUCCUAGAGCGCGUUCUUCUCCACACGCAACAUGAAAUCACCAUCGACAACGAGCAGAUUAAGCUAUACCUCACCAGAAAAUUGGAGGCAAAGGGCGUGCCACCUGUUGACAACCAAUCUGCUGACGGAAAGAAAACUCAAUCCCAGUCUCAAGAUCCUCAACAUGAAGGUCCCAGUGCCUCAGGUUCUAUUGAAGUUCAGGAGGAGAGGGUUGAAGACUCCUAUCGGCCCAACGCUGUUGUUGUGGAGAACAUCGCUGAAGACAUACCCAGGGAGCUUCUUGGACUGAUAGUGGAGAACAUCACUGGUAUUUCUGAGGAUGACUACAAUAUGGAGCUGAUCUAUGAGUCUUGUGUUGCUGUUGUAACAUUCACUCAUCCUGAUGAUGUGAAGAAAUUUCAGACCGAAGCCAAGCUCAGCAAAAAGUUUCAGCAGUACAAUCUGACUGCCCGGGACCUGGAAAGAACCUGCUGUUUGAGGAUCGAAGGUCUGCCACCUAAGGCUAAAGAAGAUCUACUGAGUCUCUACUGUGAGAAAUUUAGAGUUGAAGUACAGAGUGUCGCUAUAAAACCCGAAGAAAACGCUGCUGUUGUCACAUUCCAAAAGCCAGAAGAUGUUGUGACCAUGUUGAACACACAGCACAAGAUCUGCAAAGUUGAAGUCAGCAUGCAUCCAUACUACAAGUCACUAGGUACAGCGCUGUAUGGUAAAGACAGACCAAGAUGGAAGAUUCCAGACUCUUUCCCUGAAAGCAUCCACCCAGCACUGUAUGAAUUUGUCGUGAAGAAGCAGCUCGGAUCUCACAUCAAUGACCAGAUGCAAGCACACUUCUGCCAGAUGAGCAUGCAGAACACCAACGUUCUGCUCAGCCCACUUCCAGCCCUGCUGAAAAUGAAGGGACUCACAGCCAAACACAUAGACGGCUGGAAGGAAAACACCUUAGACGCUUUCCACCGCAUCAUGUCCAAAUACGCAAUACUUGAGAAGGUGAUGAACUCAGAUGUGUGUGGCUCAGUGGCAAAAGAGCUGCGGUUAGUUGUGCAGGACCAUGUUGUCAUGACAGUGGAUCCUUUAAAAGGGCAGUUGACGCUUGCAGGGAUGUCGAAAGACAUAGAAAACCUGAGAGGGAUGGUGGGUGGUAUUAUUCAGAAGGCAACGGAUCAGUUUGAGCGGGAGACGAACAGUGUUUCAGAGGAAAUGGAUUUGCCUCCUGACAUUUAUAAACUGCUGCAACUUGAUGGCCUGUCACAGUACAUCACAGCCUCCUGCCCCCAGGUAUCCCUCAAUUACAAAUCCAGCAUCAAGAAACUUGUCCUCUCUGGCUUAAAAACUGAAGUUCUGUCCGUUAAAACCUGGGUCCUUGAGAAUAGAAUGCAGAUGACACAGAGGGCAGUGGAGCUUGACCGUCAUAUAGUGGACUUCCUGAGGGCAGUGGACAGCGAGAUGAUCUCUGAUCGUCUCUUCUUCUCCAAAAGAAUCCAUGCCAUUUAUGUGAUCAAGGACGGAGCUGUGGUUUUGACUGCAAGCUCAGAAACAUCCCUGAGUGAGUCUAUGCAGAGGAUAAAAGAGAAUCUCGCGUCUAAGGUUCUCACUGUGGAGGAUCAAGAGGUACUCAGAAAGUCAGAAUGGAAGACUCUGAACACUGAACUCCUUAGUGUGUACAACACAUCCAAGGAGAUCACACUGUUGAUAACUUUAAACAAACCUGACAGUCUUAUCAUUGCUGGCUUUAUUGAGCCCGUCAAGGAAGUCAGCCUGAAUCUCGAAGAGUUCCUGCGUAAUCAUGCAAGAAUUGUGGACACUGUUAAGGUCAAAUGCUGUGCUGCAGCAAGGUUCAUUGAAGAGCAUAAGUCAGACGACUGGAAAAAGUUUGCCAAAGUUGGUGAGGUGGUGGUGAAAUUCCAUCCAAGACGCCCACGAAUCAAGCUGUCAGGAGAGCGUAUCUAUGUUAAACCUGCUUUGGAUGCUUUUAAGAGGAUGGUGACCAGCUUGUUUAUAGAUGAACUGAAAGUCUCUAAGCCUGGAGCAAAGAAGUAUUUCCAGGAACAAGGCAGCUUGCUACUAUCAAUGAUGUUAAGGGACCAUCGUUGUGUCGUUCUGCUUCAGGAUGACGAUAUGUUGGAGGAGGCGGAUAAUGAUGAUGAUGAUGGUGAAGGAAGAAACAGAAAAUUCUCAAUAUCCCCUGACUCUCAGCAAUGUUACUGUGAGGUACAGAUGCCUUGUGGGGUGCUCAUUGCAGUCAGCAAAGCAGAUAUCUGUGUGUUUCAAGCAGAUGCUCUUGUGAACGCUGCCAACGAAGACCUGAAGCAUAUUGGGGGCUUGGCAAUGGCCAUGCUAAAUGCUGCUGGCCAUCAGCUCCAGAGAGACUGUGACAUGUACACAUCCAGGUAUGGAAAGCUUCGCCCUGGAAGUGCAAUUAUCACAGAGGCAGGACGUCUGCCCUGCAAACAUGUUGUCCAUGCUGUCGGCCCACGGUUCUCGGACACUGACAGACAGACAGCAGUGCAACGUCUUAGCUCUGCCAUCACUGAAAGCCUGAACCAGGCCUCGAAGGCUAACUGCACUUCCAUCGCAAUCCCAGCAAUCAGUUCUGGAAUUUUUGGAUUCCCACUGGACCUUUGCACACACACCAUUGCCAAUGCUGUGCGUGACUACUUUGAGAACCGGAAACGGAAUUCCCUGAGCAAAGUCUACCUGGUCAACAAUGAUGACAAAACUGUGAAUGCGAUGGUUCAGGCUGUUGAGAAUGUAUUCCGUGACAUGAAUCCAAGAUCUGAAACUCCACAAGCUCCCUCCCAGAGACAUACAUACAGGGGGAGAGGCAAUCGUGGGUCAAGGAAUCAGGGGGGAAGACCUGAGGGAGCUACAAGAUGGAAGAAUGAAACGUUCAAUGAUUCUGAAUCAGACAAAUAUAGAGAGGGAGAGAGGCAGUGGCAGAGCUCAUCCUCACGGUCACGUUCAGAUGCACCGGGAGUCCUGGAGAGCAAACUUACACCUGAGGGAGUCAAGAUCGUCCUGAAGGAAGGAAACAUUCAAGAUGCAUCUACAAAGGUUGUGGUGAACACAGUUGCAGAGAACGUGAACCUCAGCCAAGGGGCCGUCUCCAAGGCUCUUCUCCUGACCGCUGGACCACAGCUCCAGUCAGCAGCCAAUGAUGAGGCCAGAGGAAGUUCAAUGCGAUAUGGGGAAAUGGUGAUAACUGAUGGCUUUGGCCUGAGAUGCAAGAAAGUCUUCCACACCGUCUGCCCUCCAUGGGAUCACAGAGGUGGUAAAUCAGAAGAGGUAUUGAAGAAGAUUGUAAGAGAUUGCCUGAGAGAGGUAGACAAACGUGAGCUGGCCUCAGUUACUUUUCCUGCUAUUGGCACUGGGAAUCUGGGUUUUCCCAAAGACCUGGUGCCGAGGAUCAUGAUGGAGGAAACACAGAUGUUCUGCAGCAAAACAAAUCCUCAAUGGUUAAAGGAAGUGGUCAUCAUAGUACACCCCUUAGACAGAGAGAGCGUGGACUGCUUCAGGAGGGCGUUCAAAGGAGAAAGACCAAGAGAGAGCAAAAGUGAACCUCAAGGCAAGAGAACAGGUCAUGGCCAACAGAAGCAGAAACCACAACAGUCUUCAGGACUAUGGGGUCAAGUCAACACUGUGUCUUUGGGGAAACACUCUGUGCACAUCGGUCACCUGACCUUAGAGUUGUCAACUGGUGACAUCACUAAAGAGACCACUGAUGUCAUUGUCAAUUCCUCCAAUGCCACAUUUUCCCUUAAGUCUGGGGUUUCCAUGGCCAUCCUUGGGGCUGCUGGCUCAGCAGUAGAAUCAGAAUGUUCAGAGAUUGUGAGCUCACCCAAUUUCCAACAAUGCGAAAUGAUUUUGACUGAGCCGGGCAGACUUCCAUGUAAACACAUUGUCCAUAUUGUGGGAACAAAUAACCUGAAAGAUAUUAAGGAUCGUGUCUUAAAUGUUCUCACAUUUUGUGAGCAGAGAAAAUUUGCCUCUGUCUCCUUUCCAGCUCUCGGCACAGGCCAAGGUGGAGUCAGUGCAUCUGCAGUGGCUGAUGCAAUGAUUGAAGCCAUUGUGAGCUUUGUCAAGAAGGCCAAGAGUCAUAAUAUAAUAUCUGUGAAGAUUCUCAUCUUCCAAACCAACAUGGCUUCAGAGUUCCAUCAGAGCUUGCUGACACGACAGGCCAAAGGAACAGAAGACGACAAGGGUAUUUUGGAUAAAAUUAAGGAUACAUUUACAGGCUGGUUUUCAUCUGGUGGUACUGAAGACCUGAAAUCUGCUGAUGAGGAGUUUGUCAUGGUGGGUGAAGAGUUUGCUCCCGCCAUUUUCCAAUUCUGUGGAGAGACGGCCCAGGAGGUCAACAGAGCCAAAGACUGUGUGACCAGUUGCAUCAUGAAAGAGCAGGCUUCUACUCAGAUCCAGGACCCACUAAUUAGUCGUUUCACCCAGGAGGAUAGAAAUGAGCUUCAGAAUCUGCAGAAGGAACUGACUGUCAGCAUCAGGGUGGAGAGGAGGAACACUGACUCCAUCAUCUACCUGGAGGGCUUGACUCGUGAUGUGUUCAAGGUCGAAGGGCGAAUCAGAGAUAUGAUCCGGAAGGCAGAGAGGGAGGACACAACCAGACGAGAGGCCUUUAUGAUCAGCACCAUGGUGAAAUGGCAGUAUGUGGACUUCAACAAUACACCUGUGCCUUUCGACAUGUACACUAACAUGAACUUAGAGCAGGCCUUCCAGACUAGAAUGAGAAGAGUGACAAUCAAGAUUGGCACACAUGAAUAUGAAGCAGAUGUGUCAAGCAGAAUAGCCACAAAGCCUGGACGGAAGGAUAUAGAACUUAAACGAGUUGAUCAAAAAGAUGAUUCAUCAGUGAGCUUACCCAGUCAUUGGGCCAACAUGAACGCCGGGGAUGUUGAUCAAAUCAAACUUAUUGCAAGCAGCACUGAAUACGCAGAAGUUGAGAAGGAGUUCAGGAGAACUGGCCUUGCAUCAAUAAUAAUUCAGAUUGAGAGAGUCCAGAACAGCACACUUUGGAAGGGCUACAUGAUCAAAAAAGAACAGUUUGAUCAGAAGAACAAACACACAAAUAAUGAGAAAAGGCUUUUCCAUGGCACAAGUCCUAAUAAGAUAGACCAGAUCAACCGUUCCGGGUUUAACCGGAGUUUUGCUGGGACUGCAGUCGGUGCCUUGUAUGGAAAUGGCGCCUAUUUUGCUGUUGAUCCCCAAUACUCAGCCAACGGCUAUGCCAAACCUGAUGUCAAUGGACACAAGCGCAUGUACCUGGCAAGAGUUUUGGUCGGAGACUACACUCCAGGAUCAGGUGGCCUGCUAGCACCUCCUGCCCGAAACACUGGGACAGCUGACUUGUUUGACAGCGUGACAGAUAAGAAGACAAACCCCACAAUAUUUGUCGUCUUCAAUGAUGUCCAGGCCUAUCCUGAGUACAUCAUCACAUUUCAGUGAGAUGCUGUCUGUAUAAACAUGUUAUUCUAUAUGAAAGAAAAACUAAAUCAUUUUAAACACAAAAAGCAUUUAAGUAUUACAUAACAUUGAAAAUGGAGUGAAAUUGCAGUCAUAGAAAUUAGGUAACUUAAAAGAUUGUAUGCAUUUCCUAUUCAAAUGUUAAAAAUGCGUAAAAAAAUUGGAUGGAAACCCGGCUACUGUUUGUCUUUUCAGAAUCAGCUCCUGGUUUGAUUAUAUGUACAUUGUUGCCUGUAUUAAAUUGUGAUUUUUCCAAAGUGAUGAACCUAUGUGUAUCGUGUUGCUGACUAGUCUGGAGGACUUUUCAUGGUGAUGAUAUAUAAACAGAAAGCUUUGCUCUCAGUCAAAAUGUACUUGAUGCACUGAUGAGGAUUUCACUGUGUACUUGCUGUAGAAGUAGAAACUGAAUAAAAACUCUAAAUCUAAA